AGUUGGUAUGACCUUUCAUAUCUAUCCUGGAAUGAGACUUAACUUAAGGCCAGCACAGAUCAGAAACUUUGACUCAAGGUGGGGUAGCCAUAGUGCAGGACAAGGGAAUAGAUUAAUGGUUUAAACAAACGGAAGUGUGCAGAAAAAAAUGUGAAAGAAGUUAAGAUAAUUAUCAACCCUCAGACACCAUGGAGGUAAGGCAAGAUACAGACGUAACAAACCCCAGUAUGACGAGUAUUGUGGAGGAAGCUGAGCCAGAAGUGGCGCGAGAGGAUUACUACUCGGAACCUAGAGUAAGCCCUGUGGAAAUGGAGCUCUCUGAACUUUCAGAUUCAACUGUUGGUAAAAAGAAAAUGGUUAACAUUCACCAGUUUUAUCCUCAACUAGAACACACUUUUACAAAGUCCUCUACAAGAUUUGCUGAGGAGCAAGACAAGCGAACAGAAGAAGCAAUGAAAGAAAUUGUUGAUGAAUCCACAUUUACAAAUUCUGAGAAAGACUUCAGUAGUGCAUCACAGCUGUUACAGUUGGAGGACACUUCUCUUGUGCAGCUUCCAACAGAUUCCACAACAGACAUAAGUGAUCCCUUGGUGUCGAAAACUGAUGUCACAGAUGCCACUGAUGGUGCUAGUGGUGAUACUGUGACUAAAGAGGAUGAUAACAAUUCUGCUGCAGAUAAAAAGCCGUAUCAGUCUACAAUGUUUUAUGGGCCUGCCAGUGUGUUUAGUACAACAGUCAGUGAAGAAACUCUAAACAAGGCUCGGGCUCGACGAUGGACCCGGAACAGUAUAUUCCAAACAGAGGACUGGGGACCAGUCCAGAAAUACUCAGCUGGCAUGCAGGACAUCCUAGAGAAGAGGGCUGCUGAGCAUUUUACGAGAGCGAUGUUGUUGAAGGCCAGUGGUGACCAACAAGGAUGUAUAAAUGCUGUAAAUAAAGCGAUGGGACUGGCACCUGAUGUACCCAAGUACUACGUGGAACGGGCUGAGGCCUACAUUCAAUUGUGUGAUUUUAAGUCAGCCAUUUUGAACUACAAAAAGGCUUGUCUUCUUGAAGCUAAUAAUGAAGGAUAUUAUUCACGGUUGUCUUUUCUUUAUUACUUCCAAGGACAGACAUUGUUUGAUCAGAGACUUUAUCCAGAGGCCUUAGAGUGUUUUUCUAGUGCUGCUGAAAUGAACCCUGAUAAUGUAGGAUACCAUAUAAGAAGCAUCACCUGCCUAGCUGCCCUACAGAGACAUGGUGAAUGUCUAGCCCUGGUGAACAAACGACUGGAAACUGAAGUGAAUAACCCUGACCUCUACAUAAUGAGGGCCCGCCUACACGAGAUGUUCAGAAACACAACACUGUGUUACUAUGACAUAAAGGACGCCCUAUCCCUGGAUGAGGGCCAUGUUGAAGCUAAGAAGAUGAUGGCCCACCUUGAACGUCGUGCCCAGGAGAACAAAGCUCAGGCAGUACAGCUUAACUUGGCUGGUAAACACAGGGAGGCGCUUCAGAAAAUCUCUAUUGCCAUAGAAACCAACCCUAAUAUGGCAGACUUUCACGUCCUCAGAGGUACCCUCCAUAGAAAACUGGGCGAUUUUAAUGCAGCUAUUGAUGACUUUUUGCUGGCCUUGGACAAAUGUGACCAUAACGAGGAGAGUCAGGUGUACCUUGACUCUCAGCGCCAACUCCUUCUUACUUACAAUGACUUCGCUGUCGAGUGCUUCACAAAAGGAUUCUACGAGGAAUCGAUUAUUCUUCUAAAUAAGGCUAUCAAGGGAGAGAAGCGAGAAAAAGGUCUCUACAUCAACAGAGGAGAUUGUUUUUUCCGACAGAAUGACCUCAAUUUUGCGUUACAAGAUUACAACCAGGCAUUAGAGAUUGACCCUAAUGAUGCUGCCAUCCAGGCAAGGAUAUCGGUCAUCUAUAACGAGUACGGUGUGACAGCUUACCAGGACAAGAACUACCCGGAGGCAGAUUCCAAGUUUACAGAAGCUCUGAAACACAAUCCUAAAGUAGGCCAGUACUACAUCUCCAGGGCCAGGGCUCGCUACAUGUUAGAGAGUAUGGUUGGAGCCAGACAGGACUUACUGAUGGGGCUGCUGUUGGAUCCGACCAAUGAGGAUGUAAUAUCAAUCCUAUCCCGCCUCUUCCCUGGUAAAUCAGUGGCGGAGGUGAUCAAUAGUCGUGCUGCUGACACGGCCAAACUUGCCCUUAAAGCUGUGCUGUUCCCACCUCGAACAAGGUCAUUGGAGUCAAAGUCAGGGGCAGCCAUGGAGGUGACCUUUGAUGAAGGUGAAAGGAAGCCAUCAGCAGUGAAGACAGAGUGGAGUCAGGCAGAAUCAGAUGUGUCACAAAAAGAUAGCUCUGGUCCACCAGUCUUACACAGGCUCAAGACAUGCAUGACCGAACAAGACUUUGCUUUGGUUCUUAUGGAGGGAAAGAAACAGGUGCACAUGGAUAUAAAAUCAUCAUUGCGUGAGAGGAAAUCACUGAAGUAUGAAGGCCCAAGAGUCCAACCUCUCCCGCCCCCUAUGGCCAAGCCUCGCUAUGGAGGACUGCGGAAGGAACGUCUCAUAAAGAGUCCUGGAUCUGGGGAAAAGAAGAGGAGCAGCACAAACUGGAAGCAGUUCUCUAUGGGCAUAGGGCUUGCCAAUGCUGCUGAUUAGUGAUUGGUGCAAAUUGUUAGGUCAAGGUCAACAGUCAUGUUAGCCAAUAAAGGUCAAAGGUUGCAGCCAAAGUAUUUUGUAAGUUCAAUCUGUUCCACAUUUCAAGACAGACCAAUGUCAGAAAUAAGUUUUGGGCUUCACAAAUGUUGCAUUACUACUUUUUAUCCAUACUAAUCAUACCCGAGUUUGUGUACAAAGAUCUCUAACUGAGACUAAUUGUAAGCGGUAAUAUGCGGUUGAAAAAUGCAGAUCUUUGAUCAGAAAUCAGAUACUGAAAUCAGCAAAGGACUGUUAACAACUUAUUUUACAGGAUGAUAUUUCUAGCAUAAUGAAUUUGAAAAUAUCAUCUGUUGUAAUUGUACUUACCACAAAAACUUUUUUCAUUUAAAAAAUUGCGUUAAGAAAUGUUCACACAUUCUUACUAGGAACGUCAGAUAAUAAGAACAGCUUACAAAGACAGAGAAGCCUGAGUCUGUUGAACAGCUUACAGCAUUAGAUACAGGAGAUGUUAUGUGGAGGGUAAUAUCAUAUUUUUACGUAAAUCUCAUUAAGCUGUGACAAAAUUGGUGUCAUUACUGGUUUUAAUAGAUUUUCAGAUAAAUUGUAUAAAGUAUUAUAUCUGUACAAAUGUCAAAAUGGAAGCAAUUUUACAUUUAUUGGUUAGUUUUUGUAUAAAUAUAUGUGUGUGUAUACAUUACUACAUAUGAAAUUCUAAAUAUAUGAUAUACCUGGUAUGUUCAUUUGUCAGUUUCCAAAUACUCGUCUACUUUGCUGCCAAAAAUCUCAAAAAAAUGUAAAUUUUCACAUAACAUACCAGUAUAUCAUCCUUCUUCACGGUUCACUCAUCCAUCUAAACAUUCAUGAAAUGUUUGAGUGUCAAUGUGUAUCCUCUCUCCAUCUCAUCAUACAUCUUCUAUAAUAGGUGUUUUUGUCAAAAAAUAUUUGCAAUGAUUUAUUUUAUUGAAACAAUAUAUAAAUAUUGCUGUUUAUCUUAUCUAUUAUAUAAAUUACAAAGUUUACAGUGGUUAUAAUUCACUAGUUUUACUGGGAAAUCAUCAAUACAAAAUCUUAUUUCUUAUUCCUAGUUUUGUAUAAUUGCUUUUACAUCAUAGCUUGAAAUCUGGAGAAACAUGUCCCCUAAAUGUUGAUUGCCAAUCCAGGAAAUACAUAUCUUUAAUGUUUGCACAGUCUUCGUCAAAAAUUGUACACUGUAAAAUAUAUCUAUAUUUUUAUAUUAUUGGAUGGUGACCUCACCUACUGAUGCUAUCACCUGUUUGUGGAUUGCAGUGAUUUUUAUCAGGGAACCUUACAAUAUUAUAGCAUAAGUUAACAUUGGUGAUGAUCAUACUAAUCCACUUGAACGAUGGCAUGAACAUAAGAAUUAAAAUGUUUUAUGUAGUGAAUGGAGAAGUGAUAUAUUGUACGACUGGCCACACCACUGAGGUGAACAUUGAGGUUACCCACUGUUGAUGUUUAUAUUGUUUAUUGAAUACAUUGUCACAUUGUUAAUAUGUUAUCAGGACAACAUUCUGAUAAUUCUCUCUGUGAAAAUACAAUAAAAAAAUAAAAACCAAAA